UUACAGAGAUGUUUUCGGUUUUGAAAGUGAGCCUGUUUUUUGUUAUAGCGACUGCUGUUCUUGGAGUUGGCAACUCAGAACACGCUGCUGCAGGGAACAUUAAUAAUAUUGGUCAUGGUGGAAGAAAACUUGCCGAAACUCCUAGUCCAGAAUCUCAAGGUUUCAUCAACAUUGACUGUGGUAGCGAUGAAGAUAAUUACAUUGCACCGACAACGGGUAUUCCUUACAAGUCAGAUAAAGGAGUUAUAGAUACUGGAAUUGCUAAAACGGUCAUGUCUGGAACUUAUGAUUAUCAGCUGCUAAAGAAAUUGAGAAGUUUUCCUCAAGGAAAAAGGAAUUGUUACACACUGCAACCUAAACAAGGCAAAAACAACAAGUACUUGAUCAGAGCUAGAUUCGCGUAUGGAAAUUAUGAUGGCAAAGACAAGGGCCCAGUAUUUGACCUAUAUCUUGGGGUUAAUAAAUGGAGAACAGUAGACAAUACGGAUAACAGCUAUUAUGAGAUAAUUCAUGUAGCUUCGAGGGAUUACAUAGAUGUUUGUCUUGUGAACAUUGGCCAAGGUGUACCCUUCAUUUCAGCAUUGGAGCUACGGCAUUUGGACUCUUCCAUUUAUCAAAUCCAGAGCGCGGGUGCACUGUCACUCUUGUUUAGUCGACGUGACGUUGGCAGACUUGACAGUACUAAUUCUGUAAUAAGGUAUCCAGGCGACGCGUACGAUCGGUUAUGGUACCCUAUGCCUUCAAGAGUAGAAGCUGAUUGGAUUCAAAUUAACAACAACUCGACCAUUGACGCCUCCAGCAGUGAAUCCAGUGAUCAAGCUUAUAGAUUGCCAGCGGAAGUGAUGAAUACUGCUGCCAAAACACAGAACGCGAGCAUUCCCUUAAAAAUUUACUACGACGUGCAGCCAGGUUCCCUUUCUAAAUAUUAUUGUUACUUUCACUUUGCUGAGGUUGAGAAACUUGAACCUGACCAGCAGAGGGAAUUGACAAUUUCUUUGAAUGGUAAGCGCUAUCUGACAGAAACUGUUAAACUUGAUUAUCUAAAUUCACAAACCAUAGUCCAAGAUAAUCUGGCAAUUAGCGACGAAGCGUGGUUAAACUUCUCAAUAAAGGCAGCUCCGGGAACUCAGCUUCCUCCAAUCCUCAACGCCUAUGAGUUUUUCGAGUUGAAAGAGCUACCAAUAGAACCAACUGACACAGACGACCUUGAAGCUAUCAUGGACAUCAAGAAAUGGUACAAGGUGAGAAGAAACUGGCAAGGCGAUCCAUGUGUCCCAAGUAAUUACUCAUGGGAUGGUUUAAACUGCAAUGACGACAAUCCUCCAAGGAUCAUCUCAUUGAACUUGAGCUCAAGCAAUCUGACAGGGGAUAUCGCUACUUCAUUCUCCAAGCUCGAACUACUGCAGUCCUUGGAUUUGAGAGGGAACAAGUUCACAGGUUCAAUUCCUGAGGCUCUUUUGGAACAGUCUAGGAAUGGAAAAUUAGACCUAAGGGUUGACGCAAAUCCAGAUGUUUGUCUGUACACUACAUGCAAGAGAGAGAAGAAAAAGAAGUUUGUCACUCCAGUUAUUGCAUCAUCCAUAGUGGCAGUCUUGUUCCUUCUCUUCAUCUUUAGUGCUCUUUGCACUUUUUGCUUUUUCUCUACUCUGUAUCAAACUAAUCACAUGACAAUGCCAGCUGCAAACUUAUUUUUAGCAGAGGUGAAUGUUUCAAUUUUGAUAAUCUUUCUUACUGUAGACAUGGUUACCAAAUCCAGCAUCAAAUCAAAGAAUCGACAGUAUAGCUACUCUGAGGUUGUCAAGAUAACCAAUAACUUCAAAAACAUCAUUGGCAAAGGAGGAUUUGGAAACGUGUACCUUGGCAAAUUGAAAGAUGAAAUUCAAGUUGCUGUUAAGCUUCUCUCUCCUUCAUCAAACCAAGGGUACAAGGAAUUUAGAGCAGAGGCACAGCUAUUAAUGGUAGUUCAUCAUAGAAACUUGGUUACUCUUGUUGGAUACUGUGAUGACGGUGAAAACAAGGCGCUCAUAUACGAGUACAUGGCUAACGGAAAUCUGCAGCAUCAUUUGUCAGUGACAAACCCAAAUGUCUUAACAUGGAAUGAGCGACUUUGUGUGGCGGUGGACACAGCACACGGGUUGGAGUAUCUACAUAAUGGUUGCAAGCCACCUAUCAUCCACAGAGAUUUAAAACCAUCCAACAUCCUACUAAACGAAAACAUGCAAGCCAAGAUAGCUGAUUUUGGGCUUUCUAGAGCCUUUGCCACCGAAAGUGAUUCCCAUGUGUCAACUUGCCCAGCUGGCACUUUGGGAUACGUCGAUCCGGAAAUUCCAACAUCUGGGAACUUCAAUAAGAAAAGUGACGUCUAUAGCUUUGGGAUUAUUUUGUUUGAGCUUAUAACCGGUCGCCCUGCAAUAAUAAGAGGUCCUAUGCGAAACAAUCACAUACUUGAUUGGGUUUAUCCUUUGAUUGAAAGGGCAGAUAUUCAAAACAUUGUUGAUCCAAGACUAGAAGGAGAAUUCAACACCACUUCUGCAUGGAAAGUUGUGGAAAUAGCCAUGUCGUGCGCACUGCCGGUUGCAAUCCAAAGACCAGACAUGAGUCAGGUAUUGGCAGAACUAAAUGAAUGUUUGGCUCUGGUAUUGACUCGUGGAAGAAAUCAAAGGAUGACAACUGAGUGUAGAACUUCAAGCAUGCCACACAACAUGUUCCAUUUGGUGCUAGAAUCAGAAAUUGCUCCCACCGCUAGAUAGUUUCUGAAGAAAACUAUGCUUAAAAGUUCCUUCAAUACAGU